UAUGCCACACUUCCGUCUACGACUCUUUUUGCCGUCUCUGCGGUUAUGUCGUAGGUCUUUCUGUGAGCGCAUGGUGAAAUACUAGAAAUAAUGCCGCAGAACGAGUAUAUUGAGAAACACAUCAAGGAGUGGGGAAGGAGGCUCGAUUAUCAUGAACGUAAGAGGAAGAAGGAGGCCCGCGAGCCUCACAAGAGGGCCGAGCGGGCAAGAAAACUGCGUGGUCUCAAGGCUAAGAUGUUCAACAAGGAGAGGAGGAACGAGAAGAUUCAGAUGAAGAAGAAAAUCAAGGCACACGAAGAAAAGACAGUGAAGAAGAAGCAUGAGGAAGCGAAAGAAGGAGCUCUUCCAGUGUAUCUGUUAGACAGAGAUGUUCAAUCCAGAGCCAAGGUGCUUUCAAAUAUGAUCAAACAGAAGAGGAAAGAGAAAGCCGGAAAGUGGGAUGUACCAAUACCGAAAGUGAGAGCACAGUCAGACGCUGAAGUUUUCAAAGUUCUUAAAACCGGUAAAACAAAACGCAAAGCUUGGAAAAGGAUGGUCACCAAAGUUUGUUAUGUAGGUGAAGGAUUCACAAGAAAACCGCCAAAGUUUGAACGCUUUAUCAGGCCGAUGGCUCUCCGUUUCAACAAAGCUCACGUAACUCAUCCAGAACUCAAGGCUACGUUUUAUCUACCCAUCAUUGGUGUCAAGAAAAAUCCGAGUUCCCCCAUGUACACAUCACUGGGUGUCAUCACAAAGGGAACUGUAAUUGAAGUGAACAUCAGCGAACUUGGUCUUGUGACCCAGGGCGGGAAGGUUGUUUGGGGAAAAUACGCCCAAGUUACUAACAACCCUGAGAAUGAUGGAUGUAUUAAUGCUGUUCUACUUGUCUAAAUGCUUUGCAAGUCAAUUUUCUUCUGUUAAAUAAAUGAGCCACUGUUUUAUAUAA